UAUAUUAUAAUUGACUAAAUAAAAAUAAAAUAUACAAAAAUAAAUAUAAAAUAAUCUUUCCACUCAUUUUCCCUCAAUAUAAAACCCACUUGAACAUAAAACAAGUAUUUUAACUUCCUUAUUGAGUUCUACUCCCAAAAAACCAGCUACAAAUCGCAUUAAAUUGUUCCAGGUAUAAUCCAUCCCCACGGUGAAAGUGCGCGCGUCCCAUUUCAAUGACGGGCACGCGCACGCCUAGUCACGCUGCCGCCUGCUAACCUGAGGUGUGCCUGCUACCGUGCUGCGGAACAACUCAAGUAGUAGCUCGUUAAACGCCGAGCUGAGCGCCGUUGCAGAUGCCCUAUUAAAGCCACUUGGAGGGGGCCAACCGGCGCCGGUUCCCCCCGAGGACAAGCGCCCGUCAUGGAGGACUCGGAGCCCGCAGAGGACGGCCUGCUCGCGGGCUUGCGCUGGAACCGGAGCGCGCGGGACCAGGCUCAGCUCAAACACAAAAUCCGGGACCUGCCGGGACUGCUUAAACACGGACUGCACCUGCGGAAGAAGAGCCAAUCACCUGACACAAUCCCCGGACCGAGCGCCGGUCCUACAGUCAACAAGUCUUGCUCCCAGAGUUUUCCGUGUGCCGGCCGAGCGGUGAGAAACGGCUUCCUCUCGCACGGACCGUACCCGGCGAAAGACAAGAUUCACCUAGCCAGAAUCAUACGGCGCAGUUAUGUUGGCGUGGAGUUGGUGCAGUGGCUUUGCGAGCAGUGCGUCUACGUGCGAUGUCGGACCACCGCCGUGCGGGUGUGGCAGGUUCUACUGGAGUUGGGAGUCCUCCUGUCUGUGGACCAGCGAGUCGUCUUCUCCGACUCCAACACGUACUACCAGUUCAGUUUCGAGGAGUGCGACUCCACCUCCUGCGAGUUUCGUGCCAACGAAGGGGAGUGGCCAGAGGCUGUUAGACUCCUCCUACAACUUGCUCCGUAUGUUCAGUUUCGCUGCGGGGACAGAACCAACAGCCCGUCGGAGGAGGACUCUGAGGGAAACCGCGAUGUGUGCAGCGAGAUCCUCCAGAUGAAAGCCUUAGAAAUGCUCACAUCUACCGUCCAAAACGAGUUGGCGGCAGCUCUUGCCCGAAAGACGCGCAAAGCUUUAUCAGAGCAGGACUCUGACAUGCCUGAAACGAGUCAGCAGAACGUGCGAUCGCCAUCUACAGAAACCAGCCCGUUGGGCGGCGUGUGCGCCCUGCAAGGUGGAGGGGGUAACGGCGGCGGGACCGUGUGCGGCCGAGAGGAACUGACCAACCGACUGGGCCUCGAGGCCGUUCAGCGUCUGGCUAAGGACGGCUGCCGGCUGUUGCAGAACCACAACUAUCGCUUGCCGGACAGGAACCAGGCGGAGGUGGUUGGUAGGGUUUGCCUGAAGGAGCGAGGACGCGACGUGCUAGUGUUGCAAAGAGUGACAUCGUCGCUGACAUCACCGUCGGAACGCCCCUCGCCCACAUCGUCAGGGGGUGGGUCCAGAGAGGAAGACAAAAGGUACGUGGUGGUGUCGGGGACGCCAUUGAAGAUCCUGGAGCAUCUGCUGAGCGACCUGCGGCUGGAUGACCAAAGAGGGGCGCCAGAGAGCACGGAAAGUGAAAUGCUGCUGGAUGACUUCCUGUUAACCUACCUGGUGUUCAUGUCCACCAACGACCUGUGUCAGGCUCUGCUGGGGCACUAUAGCGGCGCUCGCAGUCGAGGCCAGGAAGAGGGCAAGGAUACCCUCUUCAGGAAGCGCAAGGUCCUGCAGCUGGUCUCCCACUGGAGUCGACUCUACAAGGACUUCCUCAAAGAGGAGGAGCACGUUCGCGGAUUUAUGAAGACACUUUACAGGUGCGUCCUUGAGGAUCUCUACGAGUUUCCAACACUGGAAAAAGACCUCAAAGAGUUUCAGAAGCUUCUACGCCGUAGACACACAGUGGAGGACUGUCCACCCAACCAAAAGAGCAAACAAAUCCACCAACAACUGAGUUUGAAGGAAAACGGUUUGCAACUCCGAAGUCCUCCAUCUGACGCAAGAGAAGUUAUUUGCUGUGUCUACGUGAGCGCCGACUCCUACCUGAGCGUCCACACGCAUCCCUCGCUAGAAGCCCACGAGCUGCUAAGAAUCGUGAGACUGAAGAUGGACCGGUCAGAAGAAGACAUGGUGCUCGCUGUCUUCACGCACACUGGAGAGCGCAGGAUGUUACAGCCGAGCGACUGCGUGUAUUCGGAGUCGCUGACGCCGCAGGGGAAGCUUGUCGUCUGUCGGAGGGAUUUCGUGGAGAUCUUGCCCCCUUUAACUGACGGCGCUGAGCUCAGCAGGAGGGCGGUGCGCCUUUUGGGGAUUAACACGUGGGACGUGGCGGCAGCUCUCACGCACCUGGACUGGAGUCUAUUCAAAUCCAUCCAUGAGCAAGAGCUAGUUUACUACACACUCCGACGUUUCCCCGGCGGCGGCCACACGGCGGCGCUGCAAGUCUUGCUGCAGCGCUGCAACGAGGUGCAGCAGUGGGUCAUGUCCGAAGUCCUCAUGUGUGCGUCGCUCAACAAGCGAGUACAACUACUGAAAAAGUUCAUCAAGAUUGCAGCACAUUGCAAAACGCAGCGGAAUUUAAACUCCGCCUUCGCGAUCAUCAUGGGACUCAACACGGCGGCAGUGAGUCGACUCAACCAAACCUGGGAGAAAUGUCCAGGAAAGUUCAAGAAACUUUUCGCAGAGUUGGAGCUGAUCACGGAUCCGUCUCUUAACCACAAAGCUUACAGAGAAGCUUUCAAGAGAAUGAAACCUCCAAAGAUCCCUUUUAUGCCUCUUCUUUUGAAAGAUAUCACCUUUAUCCAUGAGGGCAACAAGACCUUCCAUGACAACCUGGUGAACUUUGAGAAGUUGCACAUGAUCGCAGACACAGUCCGAAUGAUUCGACACUGCCAAAGCGACCAAACAGGCAACGAAGUGAUCGGAGUGGACAGCGCCGAGUUGCGGGCGAGCGUCCACUACUUACACAUCAUCGACAAUCAGCAGACACUCUUCGAACUCUCCCACAAACUCGAACCGCGGGCCUAGCAGCAAAAGGAAGGAUGUAAUUACCUUGUACAGUAUCUAUCCGAUUAAAUAUGACUGAUUUGUCUUGUUUGUGAUGCGCCCCCCCCCCCUCCAGUUAUUUAUCAACGUACCUAUCAUUUCUCAUUUUCGUUCCAAAAAAUGCCGACUGAAGUUUUUCACGUGUCCGUCAUUUGCUACACUGAAAAGUAUUUUCAGGAUUUUAGUCACAGCUGCUAGGUGUUACCACGUAGAUGUUUCUUUUUCGUCGUCGUGCAGUUGAUUUUGUACCUCAAAAAUGACGAGUCAGUGUUGGAGCAUUCAGCGAACAUACCUCUGCGUUUUUUGCCACUGGUGUUCAAACUAUUCACACUUCAAUAUUGACGUUCAAAUUAACGUGCCAUGUAUGGACCUAAAUAUCCAUUUUGUCAAAUGUUACACAAAUGCAUCGUAAAGAUAUGUUUCUCUUGGAAUUUAAUGGCCUCUCACUUCUAUUGAAACAACUUUAUUUUAAUGUAACAAAAUCUUCUUACAGUAUAACGCAUGCAUUAUGACUAAUAUGUAAACAGAUUUUUGUAUGCCUUUUGGAUAUUUGUAUUUUUCAUAGUAAGUCAAAUAGAUGUCGAAAACUGAGUGCCAAAUAAGAGUUAGAAGACACAUUCCAUUGCUGAGUUGAGCUUUAGAUCCUGUGAAGGAUACUAAACGUGCAAAUAUUAUUCACAUUAAACUGUACAUGCGCAUUUUCAGCGUUAUUUUAUGGGGGAAAUGACUUGAGAAGGUAACUUUAAGAUGCUUUGCUGUAGUGUUUCUCGACUAGACACUUAGAAAGAGCUCACACUGCACAUGAUGUGGUAAAAUUCAAUUACAUUGUGCUAUCUCUUCAAAUACAUUUAUUUCUGGGUUACUAUUGUGGCCAAAUGAUGGUUCAACAAUGCAAAAACUGGACUGAAAGUCAUCUGCGCAUGUUUCUGAAAUCCUUGAUAUGCAUAUAAUAAUUGUCCUUUUAUGCCAAAAUUGUCUAUUAAUGAGGACAACAGUGCACUUGUAAACUGACCUUUAACUGGAUAUCAAUGACGUUUCGUAGAAACUCCAUAUUAUGGCCGCUUGAGGGCGCCAGAGUACCUACUAUAUCGAUUAUGAUGGUCCUCUCUCCUGGAGACGUUUGUAGUUCAGUACUGUGAAGGGAGAAGGAAAAUUUCCUUUAAAAAAAAAAAAAAAAAGUCAAUUUAUUUCAGUGUUUGAAACACAACUGACUGUGGAAAGUUUUUGUCUGAAACCUGCAUGAUGCUAAAGACUUAAUGCAAAAGAGGGCAUGUUGAAGGCUUUGUACGUAUGUAAUAUGUGUAAAUUUAUGCCUAUGUACUGUUCUUAUUUAUUUGUUUCAAAGGCAAAAAAAGAAACGUGAACCACUAAGCAAUACAUUUAUGUCCACUUGAUGUUCUCAAGCCACAUGUCUUUUCUAUAGAGGUGUUUUACUACGUGGACAUUUGAACGCAAAUGAAUAAAUUAUAGGUUUUAUGUGAAA